UCUGCUUUUCCACGAAGUCGCCUCCUCUCUCCUCCUCCACAAACAUAAAAACAAGAGAGAGAGAGAGAGAGAGAGAGAGAGAGAGAGGUAACUCCAUUUCCCCAAAAUCUCUUGUUUUCUCUCCAUUGACCCCUUUUGUAGAUUUGGUUAAAAAGCUCCCUUUUUGAGCAUCAAAAUGGUUCCUUUUUGAGUUCGUGCUCACCUCUCAGAUUCUACUCUUUGUUGGGUAUUUGAUUGGUUUCUCUUAGCUGUGCAAUAAUAAAGAUACUAUUUUUCCAUUUUUAUUUUUUAUUGCACACCAACCAAUUAUUCCUUUGUUGUUUUGCUUCCGUAUACCCUUUGUUUGCAUAAUAAUUUAUGGGUUUCCUCUUUGGAGCGGUUUCCUUGUGUUCUCUGAGCUUUUUGGGUUGGGAACUACGAGGGGAGCCCAAAAAGGUGGGAUUUUGAAAGCUCCCAGAUGCUGUUAUUGUCCAAAGGAAGCAAGAAUUGGAUUCAAAAUUUUUGUAAAAGGUGAAGAAAGGGGUUAAAGAUUGGUCGCUGCCGUUGUCGUCGGAAGGUAAUAUCGACUCCAUUUUGCUUCUGCUUAGAUAUUCGAUUUGCGUAGUUGAGGUACCGAAACAACAAUGGCGAGCCUGUCGACUAAAAUACGGUUCGUGAGAUGCCCGAAAUGCCUCCAGAUUCUUGUCGAAUAUCCUAACAUUCCUGUGUAUAAAUGUGGCGGAUGUGAUGCGGUUCUUCGGGCAAAGAAUCAAAAUGUCGGAGGGGAAAAUUCCAAUUCGGCAUCAGCCGAAACCGAUCAUCCCUUGAAGCACUCAAGAAAUAUUUCCGCAGAAGCCGUAUCAGUCUCGUCGGCAGAACGAAUGGAACCUUUUACCUCAAAUCAACAAUUCUCGAAGGUCGAACGUGAGGAAGAGAAAAUCGCACUAGAAAACAGCUCUCCUAAUUUGAAGAACGACUAUGAUCUUCAUGACGAGGGAGAAACUUCGAAACAUGGUGGAGUUGUAGAAAGAGGUUCCGGCCCCAACGAACUUGGUUUCAAUAGUAGUCGAGACGCUCGAGAUGAUUCUCAUCGCUCUUUGGUUGAAGAAAUGGGAAGUGUUAAAUUGACCGAUGAAUUAGAAGAAUCAACUCACUACGUCAAUCGUAGCAUAGCCGCAAAUGAUGAUAUUGUUGAUAAAGUAGGUGGCGAAUCCUCGAAACUGGGUGGGAAUGUAAUUGAAGAGAGAGGCUCUGGCGAGCAAGGUGAGCACUCUCGACCAAGUUCGCGAUGCUCUUUGAUUAAAGAAGAGGAGGGGUCUAUAAGACACCGUGGGAAACGUCACAGCGACAUGAAAUCGGCCGAUGAAUUUGACGAGGAUGUUGGUGAUAGAGCUUGUAGUGAUGGCCUUGAUGAGAGCAUACGAUCUGCUGCAACUCGAAGCUCAAAUGCUUACGAUGGAAGUCUCUCUUCUUCUGAAGACGGAUCCAGUAAUCACACCCAUAGUAAACACCACUUGAAAUCGAGACGUACUUUUCGACAAAAGGCGUCGUCGGUUGCUAGUGAUAAAAUAGAAGAUGAAAGGGCUGCUUCGAAAUACGAAAAGAUGAGUGGCGAUGCCGAAGCGGACCGCCGAUCAGAUAAGGACUUUCGAGAUGAUUCUCUUAAAUCCUCUCGGCGACCGCCAAGCAAUCACAAAUCGACCAGCGAUCGUAGUGUUGGUUCUGACGAGGAUAUCGUUAAUAGAAUGCAUGACAAUCGCGAUGAUGAGAGCGUGAAAUCUGCUGCUAGUAGAAGCUCGAGCACUUACAAUGAAAGCAUCUUUUCUUCUGAAGAUGGGAGCAGCAGUCGUAAUACCCGCGAGGGUUAUCUCUCCAAGUCGAGGCGAACUUUUAGACAAAGGGCGUUUGUCGCUAAUAAUAGUAAUAACGAAAAGGAAGGAGAUGCUUUGAAAUAUGAAAAGAGGAACCUCUCCGUGCAAUCCUCUCAUGAGGACUAUUAUUCCGCUAGUGUGCAGAGCUUUGAUACGAGAAGAGGAGCCUCGCUCGACUCCGAAGAUUUUCACCCCAUGCAGAAGAACUUGAUGGGCUCGGAGAGGGGCCCGACUUUCCAAUGGGAUUUGCCGCAAAAUGCAUCAUCCAAGUUCAAGAACAUUGAAACCGAACGAUUGGCGCGGCUGAGGAAGAUGGAUGUAUUGAGAGAUCAACUUAGCAAGAAAGCCAUUCAAAGAGAAGACCAUCAAAAAUAUCACCACAGAGACGGCAUGAAUUAUUCCGGUUCGAAUCAUCAGCAGCGUCAAUGUUUUAGUCCGAACUCAGUUUCUUGCACCCACGGAACUUAUUACGAGCAAAACAUACGUACCAGCAACCUGCAAAUUCCGUACAAUCAAAUCCCAUUUACGCCCCAGUUUUCGUGUUCGUGUUGUCAUUUCGAAGAUAAUCGAACUAGUGUGCGCGAUUCCUCGUCCAAAUCCUCAAUAUCCAUUACUAGUCCGAGCGUUUUUGAUUCCGAGUCUCAGAAAUCGAGUAGCAAGGAGAAAAGACCGGCCGUAAAGAACCACUGUCGGCCUAUCGAGGGUGGCGCUCCUUUCGUAGUCUGCUAUAUUUGUUUUAAUCUGCUUCACAUGCCGACCGAUUUUCUUAUAUCGAGAAAGAGAUUGAAUAAGCUGCGCUGCGGUUCCUGCUCCGAAGUGCUUAAGCUGCCGUUCCCUGCUAGAGCUUUUAUUGGUACCCAGACUCCUGUCGAAGAAGCGGCUCAUCCACAAAGCAAGUUUGAUGAGACUAUAGAAGCUGAAGCUGAAGCUGGUGCUUCUAAUUCCGGGGAUCAUCCUCGAGGGAAGAAUCCAGUUAGCAUUUCCAAAGAAUAUCAAAUUUCCUUUGCAAGAAGCUAUGCUGAAGAGCGAGUGGGCGAAAAUGAAUCGGGUUCGCCUCUCCAUCGGCUCAUGGGGUACACUUCGGCGAGCGAGCUGCUGUACCAGAGCAGGAAUUUUGAUGACGGCUACGAGAGCUUCGAAUCGAUGAUACCUAAUUCGUACAGAGUUUCACGAAGAGCCAUGUUAGAGAAUUGGACCGAGGCGCAGGGAAAUGAAUAUUCUACAUGAGCACUAGAGAAGAGCUCCUUCUAUUUUGCUUAUGAUUCACUCAGUAAAGGGUGAGAAACAUCUUUCUUUUUCUUUUUCUUUUUCUUUUUUUCUCUUCAUUAAUGUGAUAAGAAUUUUCCAUGUUUUGAUAACCUAUUUUGUGUUGUGAAUAUAUUAUAGGGCAUAUAUUGUUUAUGCUGUUGUAUACAAGUGUGUUGUGCUGCAGAUAUAAUAAAUGAUUCUCUCCUAUUUUUUUUGUCAA